GACGUACACAGUACACGCACAGGGACAAUGGAAGUCGUGAUAUCUCGCCAAGACAUCACCGGAUAUCCGUGAAGACAUGUCACAGUGACCUAAACGGGGUCAUGGGCAAGCGUCACCAAGCAACAGAGGGUGUAGUCCACAGAUUAAGAGUUAUCCCGCCUGUGACCUUGCCCUUUAGACGCGUCCUUUUACCCUUGACGGAGACGCCAUCUUACACCACAGUGAGGAUCUUCCAGAUUUUCAUGGAGAUCAAAUUAAUGAAAGGUGGGGAAAUUUGGAGGUCAGUGGAAAAAUCAACAAAUGAUUUAUUCAACGCCGUGAAGGAAAUCAUGCCCCCCACUGACGAAGCUGAUGAACUAAUGGAAGAUAUUGAGACUUUUCGCUAUAUGGUGAGGGAAACAGGAUAUGACAGGGACCGAGGAGCGAAAAGCAUCUCAAUAUUGGAAAAAAAUCAAAGGAGUUGUCUCCUAAACAAAUUGACGAGGAAGCCGAUGCUUCGGAUCUUUGUAAAGGACAACCGGAUAACUGAGGCAAUCAUACACGCCGACGGGGUAAACCUUCCUGUCAUAAGGAACUUCAGGAAGGCAGUGGUCCAGCUGCUGGCCAUAUACUAUGUAGCUUGGCUGGAUUACCAGAGGCAGUAUGCACAGAUGUAAGGCGUUAUGCAAGAACUCUUUUUCAAGGAAAUCUUUGGUUCCGAAACCAAAAAAUGUGUUCACUUCUUGAAGAAAGUUGAAGCAUGCAUGAUUUACUUGACUAGAUUGACAUGUUUCCUUAUGGCAAAAUAAAAUGUUUAAUUCUA